AUGGCAAAGAGUCCCUUGAAGAAGAAGCCGAGGAGAGGUUCCAGAACGGAGUCAAGUAGCAGCAGCAGCAGCAGUAGCAGUAGUAGCAGCAGCAGCAGCGGAACUUCAAGUGCGAAUGGAGUAAUCAAGGGAGAUUCUCCAACUCAACUCGCCGAAGCUGACUCUACGAAGACCAAACCAGUGGUAGUCUCUAACGUCCAGCUGAAGCCGCCAAUGCAAGUUCAGGAGUCUUCACCGGAGAUCCUGCAGAUCGACAUCACGCUAGAUGAAUCGAAGCUUGAACGCAAGAAACGUGAAGAAAAUAAAGAAAGAUCAAUAACAGCAACUCAGCUAAAGGCAGAGGAGGAGAAGAAAAAAGUAUUGGCCAGCAUCCGCGAAGAAGACGCAGCCAGGAAGGCUCGAGAAGCAGCAGACGAGCAAGAGUUCUUCGCGAAAAGACGAAGGGAAAAAGAAAGACGGGCCCAAGAGGCGCGGGAGGCUAAAAAGCAGCAAUUACAAGCCAUAACCAAACGCGACCAGGAAAGAAAAGAAUUGGAAGCCAAGGCAAAGCAAGAAGAAGUACAGCGUGAACGCGAAGCCGAGGCCAAACAAUUGGAGGCACAGCGUCAACACGAAGCCAAGGCCAGGGAUCAAAAAUUAAAGCGUGAACGCGAAGCCGCAGCCAAACAGCUAGAGGAACAGCGUCAACGCGAAGCAAAACAACUGGAAUUACAGCGUGAAUGUGAAGCCGCAGCCAAACAGCUAGAGGAGCAGCGUCAACGCAAAGCCAGGGAAGCACAGCACAAAGCAAGGGCCAAAUGUCUGGAGACACCUCCUACCAAAGAUGGACACACCUAUCAAGGUGAUGCAGUAUGGAGGGUACUUCUAGUUCGGCAGCACCAAGUAAUUAAAGUACGAGACCAAGCCACCCAAACUGAGAAAAGGUGCAGUCCAAUGGGAGGUAAUUGGAGGUCCAGCCCGAGGCACAAUACAAGAAGACUAAGUCCAAGGCACAGUAAGUGCAGUCCCAGUCUAAGGCGAGACAGGCGGCGAUCCAGCCCAGGACGAGAGGGAGAAGAAUCUAGUUCCAGACAGCGGUCAGGACGUGAGAGUCAAAGCUCGAAGGAACAGAGAACCGCGGAGGAAGGAGAACCACGGAGUGGUGCGCUUCGCGCAUCUUCCCCCUCUACCAAACUCAACGGGUUAAAAGACGGCGCACUGCCGUGGAACUUCACUGUGAUCCGAGGAGCUGAAGAAGACGGACCAAGCCAAGGAGGACCAACCAGCGGAUUCAACAGCGAAGUCAACAAAGGAUUCAACAGUGAAGUCAACAGUGAAACCAACGGCGGAUACAGCGAGAUACAUACGGAGAAGUCAACAGCGCAGGUCAGCGGGGAAUCAAAAGUCGACGAAGCCGAGGUCGAGGAUUUGGAAGGCAUCGAUCGCGGGGACAGUGACAAAGUCAGGAGACAGGAAGCCACGUCCAGGUGUUGGAGUGGCGUCAACGACUAA